CAUUACGGUAGGGCUCGUUCCCGGCGCGGCCGCCAGCCCCAGCCUCCCGAGCCCGGCGCCGGCACUGGCGGAGGCCGCGAGCGAGGGAGCGCGAGCGGGGAGGCACGCGCCCGCCCUCCGCGCCCGGACCGCCGCCGCCGCCGCCGCCGCAGCCAUGGCCGAGCGCCGCGCCUUCGCCCAGAAGAUCAGCAGAACUGUGGCUGCUGAAGUUAGGAAGCAGAUCUCUGGGCAAUAUAGUGGUUCUCCUCAACUGCUUAAAAACCUCAACAUUGUUGGCAAUAUAUCCCAUCAUACCGCAGUGCCCCUUACGGAAGCAGUGGAUCCAGUGGAUUUAGAAGAGUACCUUGCUACUCAUCCUUUAGGUGUGGAUUCUGGGCCUUUAAGGGAAUUGGUUGAAUUCCCUCCAGAUGAUAUCGAAGUUGUUCAUAGUCCUAGGGACUGCAGAACCCUUGUUUCAGCUGUACCUGAAGAAAGUGAAAUGGAUCCACAUGUUAGAGAUUGUAUAAGAAGUUAUACAGAAGACUGGGCAAUUGUGAUCAGAAAAUAUCAUAAACUGGGAACAGGAUUUAAUCCCAAUACAUUAGAUAAACAGAAAGAAAGGCAAAAAGGUUUGCCAAAACAGGUGUUUGAAUCUGAUGAAGCUCCAGAUGGCAGCAACUACCAGGAUGAGCAAGAUGAUCUUAAAAGACGUUCAAUGUCAAUAGAUGAUACUCCAAGAGGUAGCUGGGCCUGUAGUAUUUUUGACUUGAAAAAUUCACUUCCCGAUGCUCUGCUUCCCAACUUACUUGAUCGAACUCCAAAUGAAGAAAUAGACCGUCAGAAUGAUGACCAAAGGAAAUCAAACCGUCACAAGGAACUCUUUGGUUUGCAUCCAUCACCAGAUGAGGAAGAACCAAUAGAACGACUUAGUGUUCCUGAUGUGCCCAAAGAACAUUUUGGUCAAAGACUUCUUGUAAAAUGUUUAUCACUCAAGUUUGAGAUUGAAAUUGAACCCAUUUUUGCAAGUUUGGCUUUAUAUGAUGUCAAGGAAAAGAAAAAGAUUUCAGAAAACUUUUAUUUUGACCUUAAUUCUGAGCAGAUGAAAGGAUUGCUACGCCCACAUGUACCACCUGCUGCCAUUACCACCCUGGCAAGAUCAGCUAUUUUUUCUAUCACUUAUCCUUCCCAAGAUGUUUUUCUUGUAAUAAAGUUAGAAAAAGUCCUACAGCAAGGAGACAUUGGAGAGUGUGCAGAACCAUAUAUGAUUUUCAAAGAAGCAGAUGCCACCAAGAAUAAGGAAAAAUUGGAGAAGCUGAAAAGUCAAGCUGAUCAGUUUUGCCAAAGACUUGGGAAAUAUCGCAUGCCUUUUGCUUGGACUGCGAUCCAUUUAAUGAAUAUUGUUAGCAGUGCUGGGAGUUUGGAAAGAGAUUCUACAGAGGUAGAAAUUAGUACUGGAGAAAGAAAAGGGUCUUGGUCAGAGAGGAGGAAUUCUAGUAUUGUUGGCAGGCGAUCACUUGAAAGGACAACAAGUGGAGAUGAUGCUUGUAACCUGACCAGCUUUCGACCUGCUACGCUCACAGUGACAAAUUUUUUUAAGCAGGAAGGAGACCGGUUAAGUGAUGAAGAUCUGUACAAAUUCCUUGCUGAUAUGAGAAGGCCAUCUUCUGUUUUACGGAGGCUGAGACCUAUUACAGCUCAGCUGAAGAUAGACAUUUCUCCAGCACCUGAGAAUCCUCAUUAUUGCCUAACCCCGGAGCUGCUUCAGGUGAAGCUUUACCCUGACAGUAGAGUUAGACCUACCAGAGAAAUUUUGGAGUUUCCUGCUAGGGAUGUUUAUGUUCCAAACACUACUUACAGAAAUCUUCUCUACGUAUACCCUCAAAGCCUCAAUUUUGCCAAUCGUCAAGGUUCUGCCAGAAAUAUAACAGUGAAAGUGCAGUUUAUGUAUGGGGAGGAUCCAAGCAAUGCCAUGCCGGUAAUCUUUGGUAAAUCUAGCUGUUCAGAAUUUUCAAAGGAAGCCUAUACAGCCGUAGUAUAUCAUAACAGGUCUCCUGAUUUUCAUGAAGAAAUCAAGGUUAAACUCCCUGCUACCUUAACUGACCAUCAUCACUUGCUUUUUACUUUUUAUCAUGUUAGUUGUCAACAAAAACAAAAUACUCCUCUUGAAACUCCUGUUGGAUAUACAUGGAUACCAAUGCUUCAGAAUGGACGAUUAAAGACUGGGCAAUUUUGCCUACCGGUCUCACUGGAAAAACCACCACAGGCUUAUUCUGUACUGUCUCCUGAGGUUCCUCUACCUGGCAUGAAAUGGGUAGAUAACCACAAAGGUGUUUUUAAUGUUGAAGUUGUUGCUGUUUCAUCUAUCCAUACACAAGAUCCUUAUCUUGACAAGUUUUUUGCUCUGGUCAAUGCUCUGGAUGAACACAUGUUCCCUGUCCGAAUUGGAGACAUGCGAAUCAUGGAAAAUAACUUAGAAAAUGAAUUGAAGAGCAGUAUUUCAGCAUUGAAUUUAUCUCAGUUGGAACCAGUGGUCCGAUUUCUUCAUCUUCUGCUUGAUAAACUGAUACUUUUAGUUGUUAGACCUCCAGUCAUUGCUGGCCAAAUAGUUAAUCUAGGUCAAGCAUCUUUUGAAGCGAUGUCAUCAAUUAUAAAUCGGCUUCACAAAAAUCUGGAUGGAAGUCAUGACCAGCACGGCAGGAACAGUCUUCUUGCAUCAUAUAUCUAUUAUGUUUUUCGCUUACCAAAUACUUCCCCUAAUUCACCAUCACCAGGUCCUGGGGGUUUAGGAGGAUCAGUGCAUUAUGCCACAAUGGCUAGAUCUGCUGUGAGACCUGCAAGCCUUAAUUUAAAUCGUUCUCGGAGCCUUAGUAACAGUAAUCCAGAUAUAUCUGGGACUCCCACGUCACCAGAUGAUGAAGUACGGUCAAUCAUCGGCAGUAAGGGUUUAGAUCGCUCCAAUUCCUGGGUUAACACUGGUGGUCCAAAAGCUGCCCCAUGGGGAUCCAACCCCAGUCCAAGUGCAGAAUCAACACAGGCUAUGGAUCGAAGUUGUAAUCGUAUGUCUUCGCACACAGAGACGUCAAGUUUCUUACAAACAUUAACGGGACGCUUACCAACUAAAAAGCUUUUUCACGAGGAGCUGGCUUUGCAGUGGGUGGUUUGCAGUGGCAGCGUUCGGGAGGCAGCUUUGCAGCAGGCCUGGUUCUUUUUUGAGUUAAUGGUGAAGAGCAUGGUGCAUCAUUUAUACUUUAAUGAUAAACUAAAUGCAGCAAGAAAAUCUCGUUUUCCAGAGCGUUUCAUGGAUGACAUUGCUGCUCUUGUCAGUACAAUUGCCAGUGAUAUAGUUUCUCGAUUUCAGAAGGAUGCAGAAAUGGUUGAAAGACUCAACACAAGUCUUGCAUUCUUUCUCAAUGAUCUGUUGUCUGUUAUGGACAGAGGAUUUGUCUUUAGCCUUAUAAAGAACUUCUAUAAACAGGUGUCUUCAAAGCUUUACUCAUUACCAAUUCCAAGUGUCCUGGUGUCCUUGAGGUUGGAUUUUCUGCGAAUCAUCUGCAGCCAUGAGCACUAUGUUACAUUAAACUUGCCCUGUAGCCUGCUUACUCCGCCUGCAUCACCAUCACCUUCUGUUUCUUCUGCAACAUCUCAGAGUUCUGGAUUUUCCACCAAUGUACAGGACCAGAAGAUUGCAAAUAUGUUCGAAUUGUCUGUGCCUUUCCGCCAACAGCAUUAUUUGGCAGGACUUGUAUUAACAGAGCUGGCUGUCAUUUUAGACCCUGAGGCUGAAGGACUGUUUGGAUUGCAUAAGAAAGUCAUCAAUAUGGUACACAAUUUACUAUCCAGUCACGACUCAGACCCACGGUACUCUGACCCCCAGAUAAAGGCUCGGGUGGCUAUGUUAUAUCUACCUCUGAUUGGCAUUAUCAUGGAAACUGUUCCUCAGCUGUAUGAUUUUACAGAAACUCACAAUCAACGAGGAAGACCAGUUUGUAUAGCCACUGAUGAUUAUGAAAGUGAGAGUGGAAGCAUGAUAAGCCAGACAGUUGCCAUGGCAAUUGCAGGAACAUCAGUUCCUCAACUAACAAGGCCUGGAAGUUUUAUUCUCACAUCAACGAGUGGCAGGCAACACACUACCUUUUCAGCAGAAUCAAGUCGGAGCCUUUUGAUCUGCCUCCUUUGGGUUCUCAAGAAUGCAGAUGAGUCAGUUCUACAAAAGUGGUUUACAGAUCUCUCAGUCCUGCAGCUCAACCGCCUGUUAGAUCUGCUUUACCUCUGUGUAUCUUGCUUUGAAUACAAAGGAAAGAAAGUGUUUGAAAGAAUGAAUAGCUUGACCUUUAAAAAAUCAAAAGACAUGAGAGCUAAGCUUGAAGAAGCUAUUCUUGGGAGCAUAGGUGCUAGGCAAGAAAUGGUGCGCCGAAGCCGAGGACAGCUUGGUAUGUACACAAUGUCUUCUCCUUCUGAGAGAAGCCCAUCUGGAAGUGCCUUUGGCAGUCAAGAAAAUCUGAGGUGGAGGAAGGAUAUGACUCACUGGCGGCAAAACACUGAGAAACUUGACAAAUCAAGAGCAGAGAUUGAACAUGAAGCACUGAUUGAUGGAAAUCUGGCUACUGAAGCAAACCUAAUCAUUUUGGAUACACUAGAGAUUGUUGUCCAGACCGUUUCUGUAACAGAAUCCAAAGAGAGCAUCCUUGGUGGGGUACUAAAAGUGCUGCUACAUAGUAUGGCAUGUAACCAAAGUGCAGUUUAUCUACAACACUGUUUUGCUACACAGAGGGCCCUGGUUUCAAAGUUCCCUGAACUCCUGUUUGAAGAAGAGACAGAACAAUGUGCUGAUUUAUGCCUCCGGCUUCUCCGACACUGUAGCAGUAGCAUCAGUACAAUACGGUCACAUGCUAGUGCCUCCCUUUACCUAUUGAUGAGACAAAACUUUGAAAUAGGGAAUAACUUUGCCAGGGUUAAAAUGCAGGUAACCAUGUCACUAUCUUCCUUGGUGGGUACAUCUCAGAAUUUUAAUGAAGAAUUCUUAAGACGUUCUCUGAAGACUAUAUUGACCUAUGCUGAAGAAGAUCUGGAAUUGAGAGAAACAACCUUUCCUGAUCAGGUUCAAGAUUUGGUUUUCAAUCUUCAUAUGAUCCUUUCUGAUACUGUUAAAAUGAAGGAGCACCAGGAGGAUCCUGAAAUGUUGAUUGAUCUAAUGUACAGAAUUGCCAAGGGCUAUCAGACCUCUCCGGAUCUGCGUCUGACCUGGUUGCAGAACAUGGCUGGCAAGCACUCGGAGCGCAGCAAUCACGCUGAGGCUGCGCAGUGCCUGGUCCACUCAGCAGCACUGGUUGCAGAAUAUUUGAGCAUGCUGGAGGACCGCAAAUAUCUCCCUGUGGGCUGUGUAACAUUUCAGAAUAUUUCAUCUAAUGUUUUAGAAGAGUCUGCAGUCUCAGAUGAUGUCGUAUCUCCCGAUGAAGAAGGCAUCUGCUCUGGAAAGUACUUCACUGAGUCAGGACUUGUGGGAUUGCUAGAGCAAGCAGCUGCUUCUUUCUCUAUGGCUGGCAUGUAUGAAGCAGUUAAUGAGGUGUACAAGGUACUUAUUCCUAUUCAUGAAGCUAAUCGGGAUGCAAAGAAACUAUCCACAAUUCAUGGUAAACUUCAAGAAGCAUUCAGCAAAAUUGUUCAUCAGAGUACUGGCUGGGAGCGGAUGUUUGGCACCUAUUUUCGUGUUGGUUUUUAUGGAACCAAGUUUGGGGAUUUGGAUGAACAGGAAUUUGUUUACAAGGAGCCUGCAAUAACCAAACUUGCAGAGAUAUCUCACAGACUGGAGGGAUUUUAUGGAGAAAGAUUUGGAGAGGAUGUGGUUGAAGUAAUCAAGGAUUCUAAUCCUGUAGACAAGUGUAAAUUAGAUCCUAACAAGGCAUAUAUUCAGAUUACCUAUGUGGAGCCGUACUUUGACACAUAUGAGAUGAAGGACAGAAUCACAUAUUUUGACAAAAAUUAUAAUCUUCGCCGUUUCAUGUACUGUACACCCUUCACUUUAGAUGGUCGUGCCCAUGGGGAACUUCAUGAACAAUUCAAACGGAAGACCAUACUGACCACUUCUCAUGCUUUUCCUUAUAUUAAGACAAGGGUCAAUGUUACUCACAAAGAGGAGAUCAUCUUAACACCAAUUGAAGUUGCUAUUGAAGACAUGCAGAAAAAGACACAGGAGUUGGCAUUUGCAACACAUCAGGAUCCAGCAGAUCCCAAAAUGCUUCAGAUGGUGCUCCAGGGUUCUGUGGGCACAACUGUGAAUCAGGGGCCUUUGGAAGUUGCUCAGGUUUUCCUAUCUGAAAUACCCAGUGACCCAAAACUCUUCAGACAUCAUAAUAAACUGCGACUCUGCUUUAAAGAUUUUACUAAAAGGUGUGAAGAUGCCUUAAGAAAAAAUAAGAGCUUAAUUGGGCCAGAUCAAAAGGAGUAUCAAAGAGAACUGGAGAGAAACUAUCAUCGCCUUAAAGAGGCCCUACAGCCUCUGAUAAACAGAAAGAUCCCUCAGUUAUACAAGGUAGUAUUACCUGUCACCUGCCACAGAGAUUCCUUCAGUCGAAUGAGCCUGCGCAAAAUGGAUCUCUAAAAUAAACACUUGUUUUUAUUAAUUUGAAGAGAGCCACAUAUUCAACAUUGAGUGUGACAAGAAGUUAAGAUCUAUUGAAAAAUAAGACUUGGCACUUAAAUCAGAAAAUCGUAGCAUUAAUUUACUCAAUGAAGAAUGCAGUGGCCAAAUCAAAUGUAGAUUGUUGAAGUUUGAGAAUCAUGGCUAUAGCUUCUAAUAUUCUGGUAAUGUGCUGUUAUCUUUUUAAAGACAUUUUAAUGACUCAAGGGUACACUAUACAUUUAUCAUUAUUUAUACCAUAGCUAAUGUUAAUUUUAUUUACUUUAGGUUUGUAUUUUUUAAUUUAUAUGACCAUUUAUAAUUCAUUUUGGAACCAUUUUAAAUGUAGUAAAUGAUUAUUUUAAAGGUACUAUUAAAUAUGUGAACAUUUACACUAAUUUUAUUGAGUGGGACUUUUAAAAACUUUCUUUAUUGACAAAGGCAAAAAAUAAGUUAAGAGUUGAUUCAAGAACUAGCAUAAUGAAAAUAAAAAUUGACAGUCACUUUAUGGCCCCAAAGUUCCAAAUUGAAUGAAUGGGUGAAGACAUUGAUAACUGGUUUGUGAAGUCUUAAAACUGGUUUCUAAGCUAUUUUGCAUUUAGACAUCAAAAAAGGGGGGAUUUAGAAUAAAUUGCAGAAAUAACUUUAAGUACUGGGAAAGCUAACACCAGUGACAGUAGCUUGAUCUUUGACUUUCAACUUUAUUAUACUAAUGAUAAUGGUAUCAGUUUAAUGACUGUGACUAAAAUGAAUGAUUUGUUUCCAAAUUAAACAAGCCAGUCAUCAGUUUUUUCGUGACCAAAACUAUUACAUCAUAAUGCUAUUACACCAUAAAAACACGAAGAGCUGCUGUAUGACUUUAAUUUACCAGCUAAGAAGUUAUAUUUUUUGAUACUUGUAUAGAUUUUACAAAAAUAUGUAAAAUUGGUUGUUUUAAUUGAAGUUAAGAACCAAUUAAUUUAAAUUUUUAACUUUACGAGAAAUUCAACAAUUUCGGGGGAAAUGUAUUUCAAUUACUUGGCAGAUUUUCCCAAGAAAAUGCAUUAAUGCUUUCUGGAAGUGUUUUGACAAUGUUUUAUUUGUGUAGUAUUAUAGAUUACAGAAAAUCAUCAUUUAUAAUCUAUUCCUCUGAUCUGACCAGUUACAUGAAUCACUUAAGAAAGUAAGAUCUCCAAAACAUCUGAUUCUCCUAAGUGCAUAGGUGAGGUCAGAGUAUCUACCCACCUCCAACCUACCUUUAUAACUGGCAGUAUCAUCUCAAAUUCUUAUUUACAUCAAUCCAAAGACUGAAUUAUGAAAAGGUUUUUCAGAUAAGUCUACAAUGUUGGAUCACAAGGGGUUAACCAAAAAGUCAACAAGGUAUAACUUCAAAAAUAUAUUUGGGGACAAAGGAUCCAGAUAGACAAUAAGGAAAGGCUGGAAUUGGACAUUCUUUAAAACAAAAAAAAGGUACAUAUACUUUUCCAUGGGUACGGAAAGUAGGAAGAUAUAAGGGAGAGGAUAUUAAACCCCUAGGUCAUUUCUCAUUAAAUUGCAUUUAUGUAAAAUUUGAA